AUGCGUUAUUCCGUUGGCUACAUUACCUCUUCUUGCAUCCACUGCUGGCUGAGCAAGACUCAAACGCCUUUAUCUCCAGAGGUUCCUGUAUCUAUAGAGUCGACAGAGGCUUGGCAUUUUGUCCGACACACUAAAAAUUUUGUUCUCGUUUCAGGUGAGAUUCAUGGGCGAAAGCAUCACCACCGUCAUAAAAGAGUUGUUGGUGGCGAAAGAAUAACUCCUGGCGACUUUCCUUGGUUGGUGUCCUUAUAUUUCGCAGGGAAUCAUCCUUUCCAAGUAAAAUCCGGUUUCAAACAUCUCUGCGGUGGCAUUUUAAUCCAUCCACAGUGGGUCUUAUCUGCUGCACACUGUUUUAACGCGAUCGCGUUCAACCAUCUUAAUGAUACCAAUUAUUGGACAGUUGUAGCUGGUGAAUACGACUUGAGGAAAAAUGAAAGCUAUGAACAGUUUAGAGCCGUCGAAAAAAUCAUCAGACAUGAAAACUCUACAAUAAGACCUAUGAGAUAUGACGCUGCAUUAUUGAAACUGCGAAAACCCGUUUUUAUUAGCAAGUACGUCAAACCGACUCACCUUUACAAGAAAGAGUCUUUCGUUGUGGGUGAGACGUGUACUGUUACCGGAUGGGGUAGCAAUUCUACCGCCGGCAAAGGUUCUGCAAUACCUUACCAAGCGAAUAUAGAUAUCAUUUCUGACGACGCCUGCAAAGCAAAGCUGUCUGUUUUGCCAAACAAGGGAACAAGAUUGUUUACAUUUUAUGACGCUGCUUUCUGUGCCAUGGGCAACUCCACAGAUGCCUGUAAUGGUGAUUCCGGAGGGCCGCUUCAGUGUUGCAGGAACGGCGAAUGGAUUGUUGUUGGAAUAGUAUCAUUCGGUCUCAGAUGUGGGAUAUUUCCAGGAGGCUACGCAAACGUGAAUUAUUUCUACGAUUGGAUCCAAGACAAAAUAAACAACCAGUAA